AACAAACACAAGUUUAUCAAGAAAAAUAAUUACUUCGACUCUACCGCGGGGCGAGGAUUCACACGACUAGGCUUUCGCGAGAUCUCGCUCAAAUCAAACAAAAUUUCACUGCCAUCUCAAUCGCGACUGAUGCCUACAACCACCUCCGCCUCCGCUGCGGCGGCUGGUAAAUCCCCAAUUGCCUCCGACUCCGACGAGUACGAGUACGAAUAUGAGUACGAGGAAAUAGAAGUAGAAGAAGAGGUAGAAGUAGAAGUAGAAGAAGAAGUCUCCGACGAAGAAGUCAAUGAAGAAGAAGACGAGGAAGAAGUAGAAGAAAAGGGAGAAGAUAUAUUGCCGACAAUAAUCGACGGUGAAGAUCAAAAGAAAAGUGCGCAUCAUUCUGUUGUCAAAAUUGACGAAGAAGAGGAAGAGGAAGAGGAAGAAGAAGAAGAAGAAGAAGAAGAAGAAGAAGAAGAAGAAGAAGAAGAAGAACCGGAAGAAGAAGUAGAAGAAAAGCGGGAAGAUAUAUCGCCACCAAUCGACGAUGGAGAUCACGAGAAAGGGAAAACAACUGUAGAUGAUGGUGGCAUGCUUUACACUGACAAUGAUAAUGAACCUUCUGAAUCUGAUCAUGGUGGAAUUACAACUUCUUCUGUCAAUACUAGCAAUCCUGUUGGUGUAUCAGUAUCAGCUGAAGUAGUGAAAGUGAGUGGAAAAUCUGUGAUUCAGGUUCCCAAUGAUGAUGAUGAUAAAUUCCCUCCUGAAAAAGAAUCUAAGGAGUCAAAUGAAGUUAUUCAAUCCCCUCUUUCUGAGAAAGAAACUAAAGAAAUAAAUGAAGGUAAUAGUAAUUUCCCACCUUCUUCUGAGAAAGAAACUAAGGGGACAAAGGAUGAAGAUAUGGAUGAUAAACACCAAAAACAACCAGUUAGAUUGGAUGUGCCUUUGAGAAGGCCUAGAAGUUCAUCACCUGUGAAAAAAACCAAAGAAGGAAACAAAAGACAAGUUCUUGUAUGCGAGUUUUUUGCUAAAGGUUGGUGUAUUAAAGGAAAGUCUUGUAGGUUUCUUCAUAUAAAAGAGUCAAAGGAGGACAAGCAAUGUAAUUCUCAAAACACCCCCUCGAUUUCUGCUCAAAUGACGAAAAUACCCCCGUUAAACCAUAGCUCUGUUUGGACUAGUAAUUCAUUAUUGUUUAGUUCCUCUUCCUCAUCUUGGAAUAAUCCUGAUUCCUUUCCAACCAUGAAUGAUUACAAAUCUGGUUCUGAAACAAAACAUUUGUAUCAGAAUCAAAAUCAGAAUCAGAAUCAGGAUAAGGUUUUAUCUGGUGAUUCUCAUUCAACAAGGUUUUAUAAAUAUGAUUGGGAGCCUUCAAAACCUUUUAGGUCAAUGUUUCUUCUCUCACAAGGUCUUUCUCCAUCUACUCUAUAUGAUCCAAUCCGUGAUAGCAUCGAUCAACCGGAUUAUGGAGUUGGGGUUUCUAAAUUUUCUUCUUCAUGUCAAGGCCCUUCAACCUCAACCACACAUUCGCCUAAAAACAUCAAUCCACCUCUAAAUGUGACAACACAUGACAUUGAUAUUGGUAAUGAUAAUGAUAAUGCCUCUGAAAGACAUUCGGUUGCUAGUCAUGACAAAGAUACAAGUUCAAAUAAAGUAAACGUAGAAAAAGGAAAUGAGCCUAUGCAUAUGCAUAUGAGCCAUGUUUAUAAUGGAGAUAUGAUGGAAGCAAGUGAAGCAAAUGAUGGGCCCACAAAAAGGGAAGUUAAAGAAACUAGUGAAGCGAAAGGGGAUGAGGUUGUUAUGCAAAGGGAGUCAAAAGCACUUAGACAUUUUCGUGGUGCUCUUAUAGAAUUUGUUAAGGAGAUUGUGAAGCCAGCAUGGCGUGGGGGUAUACUUAGCAAGGAUGCUCAUAAAGUGGUUGUUAAGAAGGUUGUUGACAAGGUCCUUAGCACAUUACCAUUUGAGAAUAUUCCAAGCACCGAAGGUGCUACCGAUUUCUAUCUUUCUUCGUGUCAACCAAAACUUGUGAAACUUGUUGAGGGAUAUAUUAAGAAGUAUGGGAAAUCUUGA